CUUCUGAAACUCCUCGAAGAAGUGAAAACUCUUGGAUUGAUUCCUCCCGAGCCGAAGUCAAAGUAUGUGCCUCACGCUGAACAAAACAACGUGCUGAGGGAGAUUGGUCAAGUUUGAGGCCAGUCCUCCUUGCAGCUAUUCUGACCAAACGAGGGGACUGUUUUUCAAGUGAGAUGCUUUGCUCCAAAUGUGAUGCUGGUGCACUAAUUAGGUUAGUGGCACUUUUGUUUCAGAGUUUAUCAUGGGCCUCAUAGCGUAGUGGUUAACACUGCUGGCUACCCAAAUAAGGGCCCGGAUGAACUGUCGUGGCUUUCAAGGAAUCACUAAAAUUCCUGGCUCUUUACAACACACAUUUACAACUCAUGAACUACUCGAGGGUUUGUCGGAUGAGACUUAAUAUAAAUAUAAAGCUGUUGAUAUAAAGCUGUUGUCCCUUGUAUCUGAGUGUCUAUGCCAGGGCAAGUAAAAGAUCCCACAUAGGUGAUUGACUCCAUACCUCUGGCUAAAAUCCCAUAGGGUUACGACGCCGGUAAUGAUAUGAUAUGUUAUAUUAUUUGAGGGUGACUUUUUUCUUUUUGCAUAACCUCACCAAAGUAACAUUGUUGGUGUUUCUGUUUUAUGAAAUAUUGGGUAACCUGUUAAAGAGAGACUUCAUAGAUAUUUGAUGUACUGAUAAAACUUUAGAAAUGGGUUAAUGGCAGUCAUUUAAUCAAUCCUGAAUGAAAAUAAUUAUUUUCCUACGGAUAGUUAUUUUUUAAUUAGCGUUUUAAAAUUUCCAAAUCCAUCGUUUGCUACGAGCCUGCUAAAGAAAUUCCAAUAACGGCCGCCAUGUUGGAUGACGUCACGAGAUGGGCACCCGUAUCGUGUUUUGACAGCGGUGCUGAUAAAAGGGGAUAAGUCAAAGGUGUCAGACGAACUUAAGCCCCUACAUACAGGUAAAUUGUUCUCAUCACCGGCAUAUACUGAAAGAUUGCGAUGGAUACAAGUGAAGAUACUGCGAACCGCCGAAGAAGAGCACUGAAGAAGCUAAGGAACACUGAAGGAACACUGAAGAAGCUAAGGAAAGACCGGGGAAAACGAUUUGUUGUUUAUGGAUGCGGCAACACCACAUCAAAUAGUGACUUCGUAGCGCAUUUGUUUCCUGAUAGAGCUGAUGAUUCUCGUAGAGUUAAAGCUUGGUGCAGGGUCGUUUCCCACUCCCGUUCAGAUUUCGUUUGGACCAAAAAUGCAGUGUCAAUAUGUAGUGAACAUUUUCACGACGAUAUGACCAACAAUGUGUCCAGGCAAAUGCAGAAAGAAAUGCUGGCGAAGGCAUAUCAGAAAGAUGCCAAGGACAUCAAAGUGAACUGGAGCCUGGCCGACGAUGCGAUCCCGUCCGUUUCACUUCUCCCCAGCAAGCCGAAACACGGGACCCCUGCAGUCACAGAACGUCCGAGAGCUACACGAAGCCCUCUCACCCCAGUUCCUGGUCCUUCAUCAGACAUUUUUACGACCCCCAAAUUAACUGGAAGUCGAAAUGCCGCCGUGAUAAGGGAGAGAAAACGAGACGUGGAGGCUGCUGAUGCUUGGAAGGAAGCUGUGGAUUUCCAAGCUGCUAUCGAAGCUGAUGUCCGUGAUGAUGAAGAUGGUGGUCAGGAAUCUGUGCCUUGUCAGACCAAAAGUCAAUUCACUCAAGUGAAUAGGCGAAUUCGGCGACCAAAGCAUCGUUCGAUGAGGGUGCAGACGAAUUAUGAAAAACCAAAGACCAAGGUGACAGUCUCAAUAGGAACACAAACAGAUGAAAAGGUGUGCAGCAUUUCCAUCAUUGAUGUCAAGCCAAAUGUUUCCUCAUCAGGAACACCAACUGGAACUGACACUGACCACCUUCCAAACAUAGCCACAGGAAAUUGCCCUCAAGCCGUGCCAUCAGCGUCAAAUGAAAUGGAGGAUGGACCUGGGUCAGAAUCGUCUGAUGAUGAAUCUCUUGAUGAUACGGUUGAUCCCCUUGACCAGAGCUAUGAACCAGCGGAGAGCGACAUCAGCAGCGAGGAGGUCUCUGAUGAAGAAUUCAACUUUAUUGAUAAUGAGAAUGAGAAAGAUGAUCCACACUGUCAGACAAAGUACCUGGUGUUCCACUCGAAAUUGAUGAAACUCUUCAAGAUAUGUCCUGUAUGCUGUUCCCCAGCCAAGAGACACAUCAGGACCCUAGGGACAUAUCUAUCCAUUAAGCAAUGUCGUUCCAAUAAACUCUGUUCUUUUGAAAGAUUUUUGGAGAGCCAACCAUUUAUAAACCGCAUUCCAGCUGGAAACUUGCUGCUCUCCAGUGCCAUCCUCUUCACCGGCGACAUUUAUACAUCGGCACAAACCAUAGUAGGCUUACUUUAGCCUACCAGAUGGUCAGCACAUUAUGUUUACGGUGUACAGAUAAAGCAUUGAGAUGUCUUUUCUCACGGCUGCGGUUGAACAGUGACGUCACGAUGGCAAUGUUAAAAAAUGCCAGGAGAAUCCAGGGAAAAUAGAUGUAAGUGAUAGCGUGUACUGUCUCGUAUAUUUCUACAUACUCAUCAUAUGUUGGGUAAGCGUUGACACAGUGAAAUCUAGGGUUGUUUGGGUCAUGCGAGUAGCGACGAAAAAUCAAGUUUGGCGACGACCAAACGGAAAAGGUAACGAAAUUGCUG